AUGCUAACAAAUGGAGGUUUAUGGAAUACUCGAAAACCACAAUUUAGUGCUGAAACAUCAAAAUUACUUAAGACACUUAUGGAUGAGUCGCGUGUAAAUAAUUUUCAACGUCGUCAACUUACAAGUCAUAUGCUUCGUGGUGAAUCAUUACCGGAAAAACUCGGCCCAUCAUCAACACAAACAAAAGCACCAGUCAAUAAACGAGUUGAACAACCUCGACGAACAAGAACUGCAAAUGCAUAUGGAGUACGUACUUAUAAUGAUAUCGUUAAUUCCGGUGCUUAUAUACCUGCUGAUUAUCAACCGAGACCCAUAAAAGGUCGUACUGAACAAGAAAAAGAUCGUUUAGCACAUUUCAUGGCAUAUGGAACUGAUCCAUCAAAAAUCACACCUAAAUCAGGUCAACGUUCUCCAACACCACCACGUGAACUUGAUCGAUUUGAUGAAUUGGUACUUGAAAUCGAAGAAAGAAAACAAUUUCUUGAGCAAAUGUCUACAGUUGGCAAAAGAAAAGAAUAUCAACAAGUCAUUUCAAAUGAAAUUGCUGAUAAAAUACGUGAAAUGGAACAAAUCGAUCGACAACGUUCAAAAGAUUUAGAAAAACGUUUAAAGGAACAAUCUUAA